CGCAACCCGCCCGUGAACGCGCUCAGUUUGGCAGUGCUCCAGGGACUAGAGGAUGGACUGAAGAGAGCAGACGCAGAUCCCUCGGUGAAAGCUGUUAUGAUUUGUGGUGAAAAUGGGAAAUUCAGUGCAGGAGCUGACAUCCGAGGGUUCUCUGCUCCCAAAAAACUUGGCAUUGGCUUGGCCCCCAUCGUGUCUCUCAUAGAAAGGAGCGAGAAGCCGGUGGUGGCAGCCAUCGAAGGGGUUGCCUUGGGAGGAGGCCUGGAGGUGGCACUGGGCUGUCACUACCGCAUUGCACACGUGAAGGCUCAGAUGGGUUUGCCAGAGGUCACCCUUGGGUUACUUCCAGGUGCUGAAGGCACUCAGCGACUCCCCAGGCUGAUUGGUGUACCAGCUGCCCUGGAGAUGAUCACUACAGGGAAACACAUCCCAGCAACUGAAGCACUGAAGCUGGGCCUGGUGGAUGAAGUUGUGGAAGAGGACACCAUCGAGGCAGCUCUGCGCCUGGCAAACAGGGUGAUUGGCCAACCCUUGGGCCCUCGCCGGCUCAGCCUACGGCCGGUUCCCACGCUGCCGGACGCGGACGCGUUCCUCCGUGACGCUCUCAUGAAGGUGAGGAGACGGGCCCAGGGAUGCCUGGCCCCAGAGCUGUGUCUCCAGGCUGUCAGGGCUGCCAUGGAGAGACCUUUUGCCGAGGGAGUGCGCCGGGAGCGAGAGCUGUUCCAGGUGCUGCUGACCUCAGGCCAGGCCCGCGCACUGCAGUACGCGUUCUUCGCGGAGAGAGCCACGCAGAGGUGGACAACACCCACAGGAGCCUCGUGGAGUGGUGCAGCCCCACAGCCCAUCUGCCAGGCAGCCGUCAUAGGGCUGGGAACAAUGGGCCGAGGCAUUGUGACUUCCCUAGUUAAGGCAAACAUACCUGUGGUAGCCCUGGAGCAGGAUCUGGAGAGUCUGAACACGGGAAGAAAAGCUGUGAUGCUCCUUUUGGAACGUGAGGCUAUGAAAAUGGAGCGGGGUGCCCAAACCCUGGACUUCCAUAACCCUGCACGCCUCCAGUUCACUGUGGCCUUCGAUUCGUUGCGUGAUGUAGAUCUAGUCAUUGAGGCCGUGUUUGAGAAUAUGGCACUAAAGAAGGAAAUAUUCCACAAGCUCUCACAGGUCUGCAAGCCAGGGGCCUUGCUGUGCACCAACACAUCGGCCCUGGACGUCGAUGAAAUCGCUUCGGCCACCAGCCGCCCACAGCAGGUCAUUGGCACCCACUUCUUCUCCCCUGCCCAUGUGAUGAGGCUGCUGGAAAUCAUCUACGGCCGCCACACGUCCCCCACAGCCAUUGCCACUGCCAUGCAGCUGGCCAAAGCGCUGAGAAAGGUUGGCGUGGUGGUGGGGAAUUGCUUUGGGUUUGUGGGGAAUCGAAUGAUGUUCCCAUAUGUACAACAGGCGGUUUUCCUUUUAGAGGAAGGAAGCAGGCCAGAAGCAGUAGAUCAGGUUCUGGAGGAUUUCGGGUUGAAGAUAGGCCCUUUCCGCAUGUCUGACCUUGCUGGGCUGGAUGUGGGCUGGAGGUCUCGGAAGGAGCAGGGCCUGACGGGGCCGUCCCUCCCGGCCGGAACGCCCGCACGCCAGCGGCACGGCCAGCGCUACAGCCCACUGCCCGACCUGCUGUGCGAGCACGGCCGGUUCGGCCAGAAAAAAGGCAGGGGCCGGUACCCAGCUGGGGGCAGGACAGCCCAGCCAGACCCAUGGCUCCACAACCUUCUGUCCCAGUACAGAGACACCCAUCGCAUUGCUGCCCGUGCUGUAGACCAGGAGGAAAUCCUGGAGCGGUGUCUCUAUUCCCUCAUCAACGAAGGGUUUGCCAUCCUGGCUGAGGGAAUAGCUGCAGGCCCAGAGCACCUGGAUGUGAUUUACAUCAAUGGUUACGGGUGGCCGAAGCACAGGGGUGGCCCCAUGUUCUAUGCUGCCACCGUGGGGCUGCCCCACGUGCUGGCGAAGCUGCAGAAGUACUCCGAGGCACACCCCAACGUUCCCGGGCUACGGCCCAGUGCCUUCCUGAAGAAGCUGGUGGCUGUGGGGAACCCUCCCCUCAAAGAGUGGAUGUCCUAUCUCAGCCAGCAGAACGCCAGGCUGUGA